CACACAACCUCGUUUACGUUCUCAGCUCAGACCAAAACGCAACACCACUGAGAAAGAAAACCAAAACCGACCCCAAAAAACAUGAUGGCCAUGAACAAUGGUGCACCCAACGGCUCUGCGGCGCGCCUCCAACAUGUUGUGAUGCUGGCGACCCCGGGGAUGGGGCACCUCAUCCCUCUCGCGGAGCUGGCGAAGCGCCUGGCUUCCCGGCAUGGUGUUACGACCACGCUGAUCGCCUUCGCCUCCACAGCAUCCGCUACGCAGCGCGCCUUCCUAGCCUCCCUCCCGCCUUCUGUCACCUCACUCCACCUGCCCCCCGUUGAUCUCUCCCAUCUGCCGCACGGCAUGGCCAUCGAGACGCUCAUGUCCGAGGAGUGUGCCCGCUCCGUCCCUGCCCUCACGGAGAUUCUCACCAAACUGAAGGAGACCAACCGUCUCGUCGCCUUCAUCAGCGACUUCUUCGGCGUUGACUCCUUCGAUGCCGCGUCCAACGCUGGCGUUGAGAGGAGGUACCUGUUCAUCCCCACCAACCUCCAUCUGCUCACCCUGCUCCUUCACCUACCUGAGCUCGACGUCUCAGUCCCCGGCGAGUUCCGGGACCUUGCUGAGCCACUGCAGCUGCCUGGCUGCGCCCCCAUUCCUGGGAUGGACCUUCUCUCACCGCUGCAGGACAAGUCCAACCCUUCCUACAGGUGGAUGGUCCACCAUGCUUCACGCUUCACUGAAGCUGAUGCCAUCCUUGUCAAUUCCUUCGACGCCGUCGAGCCGGAGGUCGCCGCAGUGCUCCGCCAACAGAAGCCAGGCCGCCCCCCAGUCUACAAUAUCGGCCCGCUGAUACUGACAGAGAGCAAAUCCACCGGUGGCGUGAACACGGCGCCGCCAUCCUUGUCGCGUGCGUCAUGCCUCGAUUGGCUGGACCGACAGCCGGCCAGAUCAGUGAUCUUCGUCUCGUUCGGCUCAGGUGGUGCGCUGCCUACAGAGCAUAUGCGUGAGCUCGCGCUCGGGCUAGAGCUCAGUGGGCAGCGAUUCCUGUGGGUCGUGCGGAGCCCAAGCGACGAGGGGGCAGUGAGCGACAACUACUAUGAUGCCGAGAGCAAGAAGGACCCUUUCGUGUUCCUGCCGGAAGGGUUCAUUGAAAGGACCAAAGAUGUUGGGUUCCUGGUCUCAUCAUGGGCCCCACAGGUAGACGUGCUGACCCACGAGGCCACAGGAGGCUUCCUAACACACUGUGGGUGGAACUCCACCUUGGAGAGCCUUGUCCAUGGAGUGCCGAUGGUGGCAUGGCCUCUAUUUGCUGAGCAACAUCAGAAUGCAGUGAUGCUAUCUGAGGGGAUUGGAGCCGCGAUACGGUUGCCUCAGCCGAAGAGCAAGGAGAUGAUCGCCGGGGUAGUGAAGGAGCUGAUGGCGGGGGAAGGGAAGGGUGCUGCGGUGCGAACCAUGGUGGCCAAGCUUCAGAAGGACGCACUAGAGGGCUUAAGAGAGGGUGGUGCUGCCACGGCUGCACUAGCUGAGGUGGUAGAGAAGUGGGCAGCCGGGGAGAGCUAGCUACUUGGUGACCCUUCGAAUCAUUUGCUAAUAUUAUCUUUGCAUAUUCUGAACUUUUAAUUCCAUAUCUUAAAUUGUAAUUUCUUUGCAUUGUACCAAGGGAAUGUACUUUACUUUGCAUUUGUAAUGUAACUCUUGAAUAAAGGGAAGUUUGUCUACAUGCUGCGG